AUGUCCACCCAAGAAACACCAUCAAAAGCUACUGCUAAAGUCCUCUCAGGUUUAGACCUCGAUGACUCCAAAAAAGAUUUGAGAGCCGAAUUAAGUGCUGCUGCUGCCAGAAAAGAAGCUUUGGCCACUUGUAAUAAACCAACUGAAUCCACUGUUGAAGAAACUUCUAAACCAAAAAGAACUGAAGAAAGUCAUAAAGAAUUCUUAGCUAAACACAAAUCUCAUCGUCAUCAAUUGAAAGAAGCUGAAAAAGAUGAACCUUUAUUAGUGGAAAACAAGCGUCGUUUUGUUUUAUUCCCAAUUAAAUAUCAUGAAAUCUGGCAAGCUUAUAAAAAAGCUGAAGCUUCAUUUUGGACAGCUGAAGAAAUUGAUUUAUCCAAAGAUUUACACGAUUGGAAUGAACGUUUGAAUGAUAAUGAACGUUUUUUCAUUUCAAGAGUUUUAGCAUUCUUUGCAGCUUCAGAUGGUAUUGUCAAUGAAAAUUUAGUUGAAAAUUUCUCUGCUGAAGUUCAAAUUCCAGAAGCUAAAUGUUUUUACGGUUUCCAAAUCAUGAUGGAAAACAUUCAUUCAGAAACUUAUUCAUUAUUGAUUGAUACUUAUAUCAAAGAUCCAAAACAAGCUGAAUUCUUAUUCAAUGCUAUUGAAACAAUUCCAUGUAUUAAAGAAAAAGCUGAUUGGGCUUUAAGAUGGAUUGCUGAUGAUGAAGCCUUAUUUGGUGAAAGAUUAGUCGCUUUUGCCGCUGUUGAAGGUAUUUUCUUUUCUGGUUCAUUCGCAUCUAUUUUCUGGUUAAAGAAAAGAGGUUUAAUGCCUGGUUUAACUUUUUCAAAUGAAUUGAUUUGUCGUGAUGAAGGUUUACAUACUGAUUUCGCAUGUUUAUUAUUUGCCCAUUUGAAACAUAAACCAUCUCCAGAAAUUGUUGAAAAAAUCAUUACUGAAGCUGUUGCCAUUGAAUCUGAAUAUUUCACCGAGGCUUUACCAGCUUCAUUAUUAGGUAUGAAUUCUAAAUUGAUGUGUCAAUAUGUUGAAUUUUGUGCUGAUAGAUUACUUAUUGCAUUGGGUAAUAAGAAAUUUUACAAUGUUUCAAAUCCAUUUGAUUUCAUGGAAAACAUUUCAUUAGCUGGUAAAACUAAUUUCUUUGAAAAAAGAGUUUCAGAUUAUCAAAAGGCAGGUGUUAUGGCAAGUACUACUAAAGCUGAAACAUCUUCAGAUGCUUUUGCUUUUGAUGAAGAUUUUUAA